AGAUGAUAACAUGAAUGUAGCUGUUAAUGCCGUAACACCGGUCUGAUUUCAGCUACGUUCAGCAAGAUGUUUUUCAUCCCACUGCAUUUUUACAACCAACAUAUAUCAAACUGUUAGCGUUUACUCGUUUUUUCUAGCUCAAUUCCUUUUGUGUCUCUUCCAGGUUAACUUCCAGCUGAAGAAAAUGAACGGAUUGUCCAUCAGUGAAUUAUGUGGCCUUUUCUGUUGCCCGCCCUGUCCGAGCCGGAUUGCAGCGAAGCUGGCCUUCCUGCCCCCGGAACCCACUUACGCUCUUCUGCCGGAUCUGGACUCCACCGCCCCUGUGACCUCUAACCUGGGAGCCUCGGGUUUACGCUCUCGGUUGGGUGGGGGUGGAGGAGGAGGGAGUGGAGGAGGAGGUGGUUUGAGUGAUAGGAGCGGAGAGGACCAGUGGAAGCUGCACCUCUCUGAGCGAGCGGAGUUCCAGUACUCUCAGAGGGAGCUGGACGGAACCGAGGUCUUCCUCACUCACUCCAGCCGUGGCAACACAGUGGGAUGCAUGUACAUCCGCUGUGCCCCAUCUGCAAGGUACACUGUGCUCUUUUCUCACGGUAACGCUGUGGAUCUGGGUCAGAUGAGCAGCUUCUACAUUGGUCUGGGCACUCGCAUCAACUGCAACAUCUUCUCUUAUGAUUACUCUGGUUACGGGGUCAGUACAGGAAAACCCUCAGAGAAGAAUCUGUACGCAGACAUCGAUGCUGCAUGGCACGCUUUGCGCUCAAGGUAUGGCAUCAGCCCGGAGAAUAUAAUCCUUUAUGGUCAAAGCAUUGGCACUGUGCCCACUGUGGAUCUGGCUUCUCGUUAUGAGUGUGGUGCCGUGGUACUUCACUCGCCCCUCACUUCAGGAAUGAGAGUGGCUUUCCCUGACACCAAGAAGACUUACUGCUUUGAUGCUUUCCCCAACAUUGAGAAAGUGUCUAAGAUCACGUCUCCAGUGCUGAUCAUUCACGGGACGGAGGAUGAAGUGAUUGACUUCUCUCAUGGUCUGGCCCUGUUCGAGCGCUGCCCAAAGGCCGUGGAGCCGCUGUGGGUGGAGGGAGCUGGACACAAUGACAUCGAACUCUACAGCCAGUACCUGGAGCGCCUGCGCCGGUUCAUCAGCCAGGAAGUGGCUACGCAGUAACCUCUUCUGCCAGGUUACCAGUACAGGAGCAAUCUCAAUAUCACAGCUCAGAACGGCAGAUCUUACAGGCCUGGUAUCAGCAUGCAAACACUUGAUUGUGCUCACGAUAAUAAAUGGUAGAAAUGUUUGGAAAACAAACAAACAGACUUAAUUUCUGGAGAGUUUGUUCUUCCAUGAACUGUUGACUCUCUUUUCUAUCAGCCAGGAGCUGAGUUUAGUUCUUAGAAGACCUUCAACUUCAGACCCAGGAGAUCACGACAUGGGAUUGUCGGUCACGUAGAGAAUCUCAGAUCGUUGCUUCUCACGUUUGAUUGGUUGAUUUGGAUUGAGUUUUUGCGAUUAGGGCAAAUGCAAGGUCAUCUGAACAGGACUUACUAAUAUUUCUUUCUGAAGCUCUUGUGGUUGUUUCUAUACUUCCUUUUUUUGUUAGAUCUCGUUGUGAGCAUAUAGCUAGUCGGUUUUAAAUAUAGCUUGACCACCUUUUCAGACAAGAACUCUCUGCUGGACAGAUUCUCUGUGUGUGUGUGUGUGUGUGUGUGUGUGUGUGUGUGUGUAACCCUAACCUUUUUUAGACUUUCUGCUGUGUAUGUUUUUCAUUGCAACCGUCUUUUGCGACUGUUUAGGGCCAUUCAGACCAAACACAUUCAUGCAUUAAAAAAAGAGGCAGUGCAACGAAUGGAACAGAACGCAGGUGUCUCGUGACCCGUUUUUAAAAAUGCUCCACUCCUGCACGAGACGCUGACCAUUAAAAAGAUGCAAUGCAACGGUCAAAUAUGUCCAUCUAGCACGUUUAAAUAGAAAAACAAUGUCAACUAUUUGAAAAAAAUUUGCGCAGAUGGACGCAAACCACGCCUAUUUGUCAGUUAUCUUGAUAUUCAGUGGGGUCCAAAAUAACAAUGAUUUACAAUGUAAGAUUCUGCACUAUUUGAAGAUCACUUAUGAAAUGUAAGCAAAUUUGUAACAUUUGUGACCAUGUUAAAGGGUUCGUUCCCCAAAAAUUUAAAUUCUCUUACCGUUUACUCACCCUCAUGCCAUCUCAGAUGUGUCUGACUUCCUUUCUUCUGCAGAACACAAAUGAAGAUUUUUAGAAGAAUAUCUCAGCUCUGUAGGUCCAAAUAAUGCAUGUGAAUGGUGGCCAUAACUUUGAAGCUCCAAAAAGCAGAUCAAGUCUGCAUAAACAUAAUCCAUCAAAGUCCUAUGGUAACAUUAAUGUCAGCAGAACAAAUAUGUGAAUGUGAGCAGACCAAAAGGUAAUUCCUUUUUCACUAUAAAUUUUGACAUUAGCAGUCUCAUUGGAGAUCAUGAUUUCAAGCUCGAUUACACUUCCUAUAGCGCCAUCUAGCGCUCUGCACAUGCAUCAAGCACUAGGUGUAAUCGAGCUUGAAAUCAUGAUUGUGCCUAGUGACUGCAAUGGCAACAUGUACGGUGAAAAAGAGGUAUAUUUUAGUGUGUUCUCACCUAAAAUAGAUUACUUUUAUACUGCCUUUAUGUGAUAUUUGGAGCUUCAAAGGUUUGGUCACCAUUCUCAUGCAUUGUAUGGACCUACAGAGCUGAGAUAUUCUUUUAAAAAUCUUUGUUUUGUGUUCAUACCCAUCUGGGAUGGCAUGAGGGGGAGUAAAUUAUGAGAGAAUUAAAAUGUUUGUCCCCUAUCCCUUUAACUCCCAUAGACAUAAAGCGUGGACUCAAGCCACAUCAAGUCAUAGAAGCUGGGUUCUGUAAACAACCACCUAGCAACUGCAUAGCAACCACACAGAGUACCCUGGCAAACACACAUUAAUGUCCUGGCAACCUCGCAACGUUCUGGCAUCAUUGUGGCAAGUUUUCACAGGUAAGCACCAUUCACAUUUACUUGAAACAAUGUAAAAUUUGUAAUUGAUUUUUUUUUUUUUCAAUUACUCAGGAAAAUCUCAGACUUUUGGACCCCACUGUGCCUAUAUGCCUACAGAGAGGUCAAAUUCUUUUUUUCACUGUGUCCAUACAAAUGGAGCUGUGUCAGAAAUCCCAUGAUGUAAAUUUGCCCACUCUAACGCAUGACAAAAGUCAUAAUUGUUUAUUAUUUCCCUCGAUAUUGUAAUUGCAAUUAUUAAUUUCGAUUGAUAGAACUGACAUUAAAAUAGGCUACUUGUGUUGUGUGGUGCAACUGCAUGCCAUAUUCCUUAUUUUGGCUACACAUCCAAAACACACUGAGAACUGUGUUCAUUGAGACAUAAAACACACAUUUGUGUAUCAUUUGGCAUGGUGUCGUUACUGAUAGGCUUAUAGACUAAUUUAAAAGCCUCCGAUUCACCACUGCAUUCAUGCACACAACUUACAUGCCUUUGAUUGGUUAAAAUGCUCAAGCACUGCAAAAAAACACAUGGUUGAACAUUUGGACAUGACAGGAGCAAGCCUAAAUGGAAUGCUGUAAUUGACACUUUUCACGAUUAGGCAACUGCAACAGCCGUAAUUGUAAUCUCCAUUCUCUUUCCAAUGAAUUGUACACACAUUCCUCCCUUUUUUAUGUCAUUCUCCAUGUGAAAUCCUCUCAUACACUUUGAUUGAAAUGGUGCAUACAUGACCUUAACACUUAAGUCAACCCCAAACUGACAUGUGAUUGGCAGUUUUCUGAGCCGUUCCAGAAUGGGGUUGUGACCAUCCACCUCUGACCUUUUGUUUGUAUUUAUGUGUGCGAGAGGACAGAUUUUUGUAAUAUUACUGCAUGUCAGGUCAUCAAGACACAUUUCCAACUCCUCUAUCUUCUUAUGCUGUUUUUUGCUAUUUCUAUUUGCAUAAAGGUUUGUAAAUUGAGCUAUUUAUAGCUGUAGUUUCUCUUGCAAACAGCCUCGCUGUAAUAGAUAUGCUCUUGUGUGUUCUAUGGAUAUUUAACAUGAACUGCCAGAUCUAUUUUUAUAAGGUUGACAAAUCUUUGGUAUAAUAAGACGAAACCUUUCACUGUUUAAGAGCCAUUUUUAAAGGGAUAGUGGUGUCUUUUCAGGCUGGACAUGUAGAUUCUUUGUUUUGCUAAAAGGAAUAGUUCACCCAAAAAAUGAAUUCAUUUACUCACCCUCAUGUUGUUCCAAGCUUAUUAUUUCUAUAUCAUUUACAAAAAAUAACCAGUAAAGUUGUCCCUUCAACUCAUAUUUUAUUGCAAGUUUUCUGUUAGGAACUGACCUAAAUUUAAAGUCACUGCAAAAGCGUGAAUGACAUUCUUGGAAACAAAACGUCUGCUUUUGUGUUCUGUUGAAGAAAGUAUAAGUCAUUUGUGUUUAGAACAAUGUGAGGGUAAGUGAUUGAUUCAUUUCUGGGUGGUUUAAAGGGAUAUUCCAGCCUCUUUAACAUCUUGUUCACUAUGCGUCACCUUAUUCUGAUGUAUAUUUCUUAAGACUUCGAAGACCUUUUAAGAGACUCAUGGCAAAGUGCAGUUUGUACUCAGGAAAUGAGCAAUCUGUCAUGUUUCACAGGCAAAACCUUUGCUGAUAACACACUCGGUUUUAUUACAAAAUAUAAUCUUAGGAACCAUAGACUGCAAGAAAUGGACAUUACACAUUUUGACACUUGUGUCAUAAUAAGCAUAGCAAAAAUUUUGUUAAAAACAUAAGUAUGCAUGGAACACAGAAGGUAUGAUAGGAAUGACCAAAUAUAGCACGUUUCGGUGUAUAUAAUGACUUCUUGAGAUUAAAUAGUGCACAUUAGCUUAAUAUGAAAAAGGAUGUUAUGUAAUUCAAAUGUUUUUUUUUUUUUAGAGCUCUAAUGUAAAUGGUUAGGAUGUUCAAUUCUGAACUUGGAUCUAUAUCUCUGAACAACCGAGCAAUAAUGUCUAACCUUUGACUGUGAGAGCGUUACAGUGUCAAUUUUCUCUGUUAGACUCACGCAAAACUCCACUCAAUGAUCAUCAGAAGGGUUUGCACUUCUUUAAGUGAUGGCACAAGCUAUAUUUUCUGACUGACCCCAGAUCAGCUGCUCUACAAGGUAAAUUACUGUAUGCAUAGUCACAAUUUUGUAUAGCGAUUUAAAGCGCAAUUGCUCUAUUACUAGUCACACUAGCUCACACAUCUGUAUAAAAAUUACUGUAUAUUUCAAGUUACACAAUAUAGUACAGUAUUUAUAGAGAGAUUAUGUUGUGUCCCCCUUAUGAUGUAAGAUGCUUUGUGUGUGUUGGGUAACGUUUCUUUUUUAGCCGAAAGAUGUGAUGUACUGUGAGUAAUAAAGGAAAGCUUUAAAGCUACAAUGGCACUUUUUUGUAUUUUUACAGGUUGGUAUGUGUUUGAUAUGGGUUUAUCAAUAGCAGAUGCCGAUACUGAUAUC